AAAUAUUAUCUUUCGCCACAGCUAAGCAUUGAGUUCUAUCGUCAUAAUAGUUGUUUGAUCCUACUUAGAAUUGCAAAUUUAUAAACAUAGAUUAAUUAUAAAUGUAACCGUGCUUUAAAUUUCAAAACACAAAUCGUGGUUUGGCCAAACAAUUUUUUUUUUCACCAGAUACGUUGUUUGGUGAGGCUCGUUACAAAAAAUCACUAUCUCUCAUACACUUUAUGCAAGAUCAACGGGAAAAAAAACGCUGCUUCCUAUACAUCAAAUUUAUUUUAAUAAGUUUUCUCGUGCAAUAUAUAUUAACUAAUACAUAAAAUAAAAAUUGUACAAAAUUAUCUUAUUUCAAAAUAGUUAUUGGGGUUAUCUAAAGCAAAUGUGAACUUUGUGUCUGCUAUAAAUAUAUUUAAAAGAAGCAUCGAUAGUUACAUAAAAUUUUCUGUGUUUAUUUGUCAUUUUGGUAUUUUGUUGUGGAUUUUUGUAGUAAAUGUAUAGAACUUGUAAUGCAGAGUAAAUGUUUGAAAUUGUCAUUGGAUCAAUGGAUUUGGGGCCCUACUGCACAUUGGAAACUUUACUAUUCAUUAAAAAAAUAUGGAGGAAAAUGGGCUUCUGCACUUUUAGCUGAAUCAGAGAGAGAAAAAGAGUACAGUGGAAUUGUUAAAUCAGAGAAAAAUGAAAAAUGUAAGCCUUGUUUUACUCAAGCAUCAAAUGAAAUUGAUGCCAAUUCAACAUACUCUCGUCAAAUUAUCAUUGCUGGAGUAUCAAAAAAUAAAUACCGUAGUAGAGAUAAGUUUUGUUUUAAAAGGUCUUAUUCUAAUUUAUCUAUUAAAAAUGAAGGGAGUAUAACAAAUGAUGAAGCUAAUAAAAUGGUUUGGUGCAACGAAAAAGUAAUAAAUAUCAAUAAAGAUGUUGUAUCAAAGUGUCAUACAAAUCAGCUCGCAUCGAAUUCUCCUAAUGAAGAUCAAAUUUCUAUCACACAGUUUGAUUUAGAGAAUGGUACUUUAUUUACUGUACUUGAUGGUCAUGGUGGUCAUUUAUUUGGUGAAGAGGUCAAAGUAAGGCUGCCAUAUUAUCUCCAAGCUGCUCUAUUGAACAAGGAUUUCAAUGAAAACUUUUAUGAAUCUGUUUUUAACUUAAUUCAAAACAGUACAGAUUUACAUAUAAAAGAUGAACCAUGGAUGAAAGAGUUACUAGCUUAUGUAAAAACAAGCAAUAAGGAAUUUCCACUAUUAGAAUCCUCUGAAAAUGAUAAUUUCUUUAAAACUCAAGAAAAAAAAAUGGAAGAAGCUAUUAAGAAUGCUUUUGUAAAACUUGACUUAGACAUCAUUAAUGAACUUCAAAAUUUAUCAAAGCUAAAUAAACUUGACACUAGAGGUAUUAAAACAGCAUUAUCUGGAUGCUGUGCUUUGUCUGCAUACAUAGUAAAAGAUGAAGUAUUUAUAGCUAAUGUAGGUGAUUGUCGUGCAGUAUUGGGAAAACAUCUUAAUAGUGAAUGGUCAUCUGUGCAAUUGACAACAGAUCACACUGCAGUUUCGAAUGCUUCAGAAGUAAGGAGAAUAUUAUCUAAACAUCCAGCUGAAGAAAGUCGAAGUUGUAUCCAGUAUGGUAGGUUAUUAGGACGGUUAGCACCACUUAGAGCUUUAGGUGAUAUGCAAUUUAAGCUUCCAAAUGAAGAACUCCGUGAUGUAUUCAAAACAAUGCCUAAAUAUAAUCCAAUCCAAGCUUCAAAAACUCCUCCUUAUUUAACUGCUGAACCUGAAAUGUUUCAUUAUAAACUAGAAAAGCAUGACAAGUUCAUUGUUUUAGCCAGUGAUGGUUUAUGGGAUAUGUUAAGUAAUGAUGAAGUAGUCGAGUUGGUUGGUGCAUACAUUGAGGGACGUCAAAUUGACUUAUUAAAAGAAAGGGCAUGUUAUUACUGUGUUCCAAAUUAUGAAGACUUAGUAAGCUCAGAUAAUGCUUUUGUCAAAGAUGAAAAUGUUGCUAGUUUUCUCAUUCGCUUUGCACUUGGUGGUUAUGAUCCAAACAAUCUCCGAUCAAUGUUAUCAAUCCCUCAUCCAGAUGUUCGUUUGUUUCGUGAUGAUAUUACAGUAAUGGUUAUUUUUUUAAAUAGCUUGAAUUUUUAAUUGUCUAGGAAAUAUUUAUGUGACAGUUUAACAAAUUUAACACUUGCUCUCCAAGGUUUAUGUUGCAGUAUUCCUUUAGUUUAAGGACUUGUUAAAUGUCAUCUUUUUAAUUUUGUAUAAAACUCAUAUAUAAAACUUAUAAAUAUUUUCGUAAAUUAUGAAUGUAAAUAAAGAUUAAUAAAAUUUUCACAAUUUUUAGAGCUUUUUCGAGUUGA